UUUAAAACGACAGUUUGUGCUUUUAACUUAACUUUCAACUUCGUGACAAGCUCUGCCGCUGCGUUUUCGCCUUCAAAACCAACCUACAGACUCAGACGUUAACGGUGUCCAGUUGUCUUACCAGCAUGCUGUUCUACACGCAACUUUUCACAUCCAAGCGGGGGCCUUUAGCUAAGAUUUGGCUGGCAGCGCAUUGGGAGAGGAAACUCACCAAAGCUCAUGUGUUUGAGUGCAAUUUGGAGUCAACCGUCAGAGACAUCAUCUCCCCAAAGAUGAAAAUUGGUUUGAGGACAUCCGGUCAUCUGCUCGUUGGUGUGGUCAGAAUCUACUCCAGAAAAGCAAAGUAUCUCCUAGCAGAUUGCAGCGAUGCCUUUGUCCGAAUUAAAGUGGCUUUCAGGCCAGGUCAGACAGAUUUGCCUGUGGAGGGGCAAGAGGCCACAAUCAAAGCAAUAACCUUGAUGGAAGAUUUCACUGCUUUUGAUGUCCAGCUGCCACAUCCCUGUGACGUAGAUAUGGUGGACAACUUUACGCUAAACCAGAGUCGGUCAGAGGAAAUAACACUGAAAGAGGAUUUUGGAAAUGGAUUUCUGAGCUUUGCAGACAUUGAUGAGUCACUUGGCCAGACAAAUGGACUGCUGCACAGGAGCUACGAGAGCCAUAUACAACACAGAGACACUUUUGGGGAUGAGGAUAAAGGAUUCGACCUUCUUGAUUUCUUGUCGAACUCCACUGAUCACGCUGAGCCGGCACACUUCUUACUGGAAGAUCUGCCUGACGAAAACCAGCAGAGCUCUGCACCAACCGAUCAGCAUCAGACGGAUGCUGACAGAACGAAUACGACAGAGUCGCAGACUCCCACUCUAAAUGAGACCACCCUGCUUACCAAUGAGAAUGCUGCCUUUACCCUGGAACCUGUGGCUAUCACUCCAAACUCAGUAGGGAAAAGGAUGGAGAGGAGGAAACGCAAGCUGGUGGUGGACCAGAUGAAGGAUCUAAGUUACGACUUCAUCAGAGAGCAGCUUUCUGACUAUUCAGAUUUGGUUUCCCCUUUGGACAUGGCCCCACCGACUGCAGAGCUUAUGCAGUGGAAGGAGGUGGGAGGAGCAGAGAAACUCCUCUCACAGCCGUGUUCCACUGUGGUAAACCCACAGAUAAAGGAGACUAUCAUCCAGGUGAAAUGUCACAGUGUCCGAGAAGAGGCUGAGGUAAUGCGCCGAGAGAGACAAGAGGCUGUCACAGCUCAGGACGAGUUCAUGGUGGACAGCCUCAGUGUUGUGGAUUCGUUCGGCAGCCCGGAGAAAACGCACAACACUCAGCUGACGGCCCUCAGCCACGUGACCAACAACACCGAGACGAGUUCAGAGCUUUCACUGUAUAAAACCAGGUCAGAGUUCACCCACCCAGAUCUCCCCUCAGAGGACUCCAUGCUUGUCCAUCCAUCCGUCUCAGGGCAGGACACUCAGCGGACGUCCCUCCACACCCAGUCAUUGCUGGACAGCCAGGACUUUGAAGAGAGGAGGAUAACCAGGCGGGCGCAGAAGCUCCUGACCACGCUGAAACAGAGCCAGAGUGGCAGUGAGCCCUGCUUCAGCCUGAAGGCUCUGUGUGAUGGAGGCACGCGCUCGCAGGCCGCAGCCACCUUCCUCUGCCUGCUGGUCCUGAGAAAGCAGCAGGCCCUCCACCUGCAGCAGGCCGCACCCUACGAGGACAUCCUCGCCACGCCCGGACCCACAUUCUACCAGUAGCUGGAGGGGGGGUUAGCUUUUUGAUUCUGAGUUGUUUUGGUGUCUGUGUUUGUGGGCAGAUGUCCGUCCUGGUUCUGCUGGGUUCUUCCAAGCGCUUCCGUCUGUUUUUUUUCCUUUAAAUGCAUUUAUUUUUUUAGCCUCAUUUUGUAUUCUCAGAUUCUCAUCUCACAUUCACAUUCCUGCAUGCUCGGUUAAACGGUUUGCUCCUCUUACAGCAGAGGAGUGGCCUCUGGUGCGACGGCUUUCAGCCCAGCUUUCUCCAUUUUCUGUCGUCUUGUAUAGAAGCAAAAGUAACUAAUAUAUAAGCUGAUGUUUUAAAAACCAGAAAUCUUUACCUUGUGUCUCCUUUGUUUUCUUUUGUAAAUGUUUGGGAUACUUAGUGUACGUAACACACGUCAAAUCUGUUCAAAUUCAAUUUUUCUUUCAUUUUAUUUCGCUAUCUAAGGCCAGAGUGGAGCCACUGGUCACCUGCACAGCACUGUGCAGUGACUGCAAGAAUUGGGACGGCUGAUCUUAAAUUAUGCAGAAUUUGGGAAAGGAGCCUGUCUGUGCGGGCUUUGCAGCUCACACCCCGUCACCCCAAGAUAGAAGUGGACCGCAAAUAGAAAUGUCACAUAUUUUUGGAUGGCCUUGAUUGUAAAUAGUGCUUAUAUUUCUGAGUUUGCUUGUGUGCUUUCUCCCUCUUUCUUAUAAUUUGUUACACUGUGUGUCAUUCUGGACGGUGUCUAAAAAUAAAUGCAUUUAUGAAGCGGACUUUAAUGGGGGUUCUUUGUUUUGUUCU